AUUUGUGUAAAUACAAAAUCGAUAGAGGCAACAAUUUCAAGUUGGCGGAUUGAUUGGCUUUCUCUAGUUAAAUAAUUGUAAUCCGCUGGACAGUUUUAUGUCGCCCUUUUUGCAGUCAAAUUAAAGUAUGCCUCGAUAACCCAAAUGAAGCCUACCAAAUGCAAACUCAGGCAAGUAGUAGGUUGCUUUCUCAUAUUUCAUUCAGUUGGUCGUUGUUAAUUCGGACGCAAACUUCAAUUUUAAAAAUAUUCCAUGCUUGACUUUUUGAACCUCAGUCUAAGGAACUUAUUUGGUGGAUUUUGUCAAGAAUCAUGUAGUGGAUAAUAUAAUAUUUUGGAGCAAUAGGUGGAGUGAAUUUUAAUACAAUUUUAUCCUAAGACAAAAGUGGACCUAUUUCGGGGGGCUCGAUUCUAAUGUAUUAAUUCGAUUAAGUUCGGAAAACAAUUAAAAAUAUCUUCCAUUGGAAAAACUAGACAAAUUGUUAAGUGCUGUGAUAGUGUUGUAAUUAUAAUUCACGAAUAUUAGGCAUUCAUAGACUUUCUGAAAAUUGUCCACAUGGAUUUCGACGAGUACAGAAGGCGGGGUAAAGAAAUGGUGGACUACAUCGCUGACUACCUUGAGAACAUACGUGAUCGUCGUGUUUUCCCAAACGUCAAACCUGGAUAUAUGAGAAACCUCAUUCCCGAUUCAGCCCCCGUGGAUGGUGAAGAUUGGGAUAAAAUUUUCGUAGAUAUUGAACGAGUUAUCAUGCCCGGAGUGACACAUUGGCAAAGUCCACAUAUGCAUGCGUAUUUUCCGGCUCUGAAUUCGUUUCCUUCACUAUUAGGGGAUAUGUUAGCAGAUGCCAUAAACUGCCUUGGAUUUACUUGGGCUAGUUCACCUGCAUGCACCGAACUGGAAACUAUUGUCAUGAAUUGGUUGGGAAAAAUGAUUGGUCUUCCAGACGAGUUCCUGCACACGAGCGGCACCAGUAAAGGUGGAGGUGUGAUUCAAACAACUGCAAGUGAGGCAACCUUGGUGGGACUUCUGGCCGGACGAACUGUUGCAAUUAAACGAUAUCACGAAAAAACGCCAGGGUUACAGGAUGCGGAAAUCAAUGCAAGAUUGGUCGCCUAUUGUUCUGAUCAAGCCCAUUCUAGUGUUGAGAAGGCAGCAUUAAUAGGACUUGUUCGAAUGCGAUACAUCGAAUCAGAUGAAAAUCUUAGUCAGCGUGGUGCCCAACUCACCGAGGCCAUCGAAAAUGACAUCAGAGAAGGAUUAAUACCAUUCUGGGUAUGCGCAACUUUAGGAACAACUGGAGCUUGUGCUUUCGAUAAUUUAGAUGAGAUUGGAGACGUUUGUCGUAAGUACAACCUGUGGCUGCAUGUUGAUGCCGCCUAUGCAGGUAGCGCAUUUAUCUGCCCAGAAUAUCGAAUUUGGUUGAAAGGAAUCAAUAAAGCAGAUUCAAUUGCAUUCAAUCCGUCCAAAUGGUUAAUGGUGCAUUUCGACUGUACAGCCAUGUGGGUUAAGGAUAGUACCGCAGUUCAUCGGACGUUUAACGUAGAGCCUUUGUAUUUGCAGCACGAGAAUUCAGGGCUUGCGAUUGAUUACAUGCACUGGCAAAUCCCUCUGAGCAAACGAUUCCGUGCCCUUAAACUCUGGUUCGUUUUGCGAUCAUAUGGAAUCAAAGGACUUCAAAAGCAUAUUCGCGAGGGAGUUCGUCUAGCACAAAAGUUCGAAGCACUAGUGUUUGCAGACCACCGAUUUGAAUUACCAGCAGAAAGGCAUUUGGGAAUGGUGGUGUUUAGAAUUAAGGGCGACAACGAUUUGACGGAACGUCUAUUAAAAAGAAUGAAUCAACGCGGCCAUCUGCACUGCGUUCCAGCUUCUUUGAAAGGGAAAUAUGUGAUUCGAUUUACUGUUACAUCUACGCGUACCACUAACGAUGAUAUAUUGAGUGAUUGGGCAGAGAUACGACAAAUUACUACCGAAAUCCUGGAAGAACUAAAUAUUAAUCUAAGCGACAGAGCCAAAGUUCCAUUGAAAGAUAUUCGAGAGAAAAACGAUACAUUUGGUUCCAGUUUACUCCUAGCCAACACACCAAUGUCGCCGAAGAUCGUAAAUGGAUCAUUUGCAGCUAUUUUCGAUGCUGGGGACUUUCUUCAGAAGGCUUACGCUGGAAUAAGACUCAAUAAUCAAGAUUCGCCAGCAAUGAGACGUAGAGUUCGUGGGAUUCUUAUGUCUGGAAAGCAAUUCUCGUUGGACUCGCGAAUGGACCUUGUUGUGCAUCAUUGUUUGGAUUCUCAUCCGAAAAAUGGCGAAAAAAAGGCAGCUGCAAUUCGAGAAGAUAGUGAAGAUCUCUGGGAAGCUUAUGAGAAUUUGGGGACGCCUCCACUAACGCCGUCACCGAUGGUCUCACCUAUGGCGUGUCAGGCGCCAUCUGCCAAAACGAUAGUCACGGGUCGCCAUCGAAGACACAAAUUACAGAAAAGCCUAACCGUAAACUCCGCACAGGAUCUGAUCCAUAAUAAAUCUACCCCAGACGCAUCGCUUAGUCAAGACUUUAAUUUCGAUAAUAUUGUUAUAGGCCAUCAGAUGGGCACGAAUAUAGUAGGAAACAAAUCCAGUGGCUCCUCAACUGUGAAUAGUCGCCUUUCGUCGAAUAAUUUCCCCACUAGAUGUCACAAGCCGUUGAAAGCUUUGGAGCCUAUCCCGAGCACGACCCAGCCAAACAUUGGAACUUACAGACCUGCCGGAAGAUGUCGCGACGGAAGAUCGAAACAAGAGUCUUCCCAUGCGUUUUACAACAGAGCGUUCAAGGAGGAUCUAGUUCAUAGUCGGAGGCGCGCAUUUCAAAAUAGCGUGUAUGCGACCGGAACGAUGCCAAACAUUGCUGAGCAUGGAUUUGAGGAUGCCGUGGACUGGAAUGCACUGAAAAAAUCAUUUGAUGAAAGCAAACCGAAAAAAAUGCCAAAAGUAAGGAUCCGAAUUGAAAACGAGUCGGGCGAAAGGAUAGGCCACCUUUGUGAUACCUCAAGUGACGAAGCCAGUCCAGCUAAUGUGACGCAGGAGGUAAAUGUGAUUUGGACUUCCUUGGAUUGCGGUCAGGGGGAAGACAGCCCGUCGACAUUGUGCAAAAAAUGCGGACAUCAUCGGAAAGUGGCAACCUCCUGAUAUUGGGGAAACUAUUUGACGAAGUGUUACGUUUGGAUUGUAGUUUAGAUUUAGUUUGCAACCGAAUUAGGCUAGAGUUGAAAGUGGAUACGCAGAAGGAAGGGUCUACUUUCACUGCUGCUGUGCACGAAUCAAUAAUUAGCUUAGUCUAUUGAAAUUAGAACAGUAAUGAUGGGAGUUUGGUGGAGUUUUUCGAGUUAUUAUCCGCAUAGACAAGUAAUUAUUUACGACAAAUGUGAUUGUGUGUUGUUCUUGAAAAAUUUUCUGUCCAUUUAAUGUUACUAAAUUGGAUUCAAUUUAUGCAAUGUUAUUGCUUGCAUUGCAGACCUCGAACUUUUACUGCAAUUCUAAGAAUACAUCUGAGUGACGAAACCCAGGUUUACCCAUGCUCUGUUGUGAUGUAAAAUCUUUUUGAAAUAUGUAUUCAUAUUGUAGUUAAUAUAUUACGGAAUUGAAUUCCUUGUAUCAGAUUUCCUGCUCCUGUAUAUUCUUAUCUAUUGAGAUCCUAUAAACAAAGGUGUUGCUUGAUUUGCUUGGGGAUAAAAUGGCUUUCGAAUCAGCGACUCUUAAUUCGCGGAUAUGUGUCCGGGUGGCUCAAGUGGUUAAGAGCGCUGGACCCUAGUAGUGGAAGGUCGUGGUUUAAAUCUUACUGGUGAGUGGAGAGAAGGUUUGUUAAUUUGAUUGAUUACCUGAGUCAAAUCAGGAUAAUAAUCUCGGGUGAGCGCAAUGCUGACUACUGUAGUGUACCGUUAAGAUCUUAAAUAAAGUGCUCUAAUGCAGUUCAAGGCCGUUGUCCAAUAUGGAUUGUUACGGAAACGAUUAAUAUUAUUAUUAUAUGGAAAAACUUGCUUCAAAAUUCCUGUUUUCCCUUUUCCUUAUUGCCUUUACGUGCAGCACACAGUACUAAGGACAAUUGUAUUUAUGCAUUUCUUUCUAUAUACAUAUGAAAUACCAUAAUCAGAAAAUUACUAUCCAGAAAUCGGGGGAUGGCAACUUGUUGCUUCCAAUCAGUUGUUCAUUUAAUAAUUACACUUUUUCAAAAUUUGGAUUUGGACAAGGCGGGUAAAACUACAGAGUUAAGCGUCCACAUACGUCACUGGGCGAGAGAUGGAUGGAUAUCUUCAUCAUAUUUGUACAUUAAUUAAUUUACUAUUCCACAGAAGUGUUCUGGCCCGUAUAAAGGCGUCUUUGCUCCCUUCUUGGCUAGUUCGUCCGCCGCCUCGUUGCCUUCCAACCCAG